AUGCUCCGACGACAGAGCACCAGGUCCAAAUCGGACCUUCGCCGGCGCAAGUCGACCACCUCAGUACACAGCGUCCACCUCGAGCGCCUAGACGCCGCCAUAGCUCAGCGAGACGCCCAGAGUGCGGCCCAGAGUGCUUUCAGUCGAGCUCGAGCCAAGAACCGCUCUAAUACAGACACCUCGUUGUUCCCUCCGCCCCCUGUGUCGCCUCCUCGACGCCAUCAGAUCGAACGGGAGGAGGGCCAUCAGGGUGAUGCUGCGACUGCGGACAACGGGAAUGGUGUAUACCAACGCACCCGGCGGCAACAGAGCGUGAGGUUUGUUGGACCGUGUUCUAAUGAGGAGAGGACACCAAAUAAGGGCAUGCGGACUUGUACAAUGCCGAACAACAUGAGGCAGGCACAUCUUGAAUCCUCUGAUAGAAGCAAUCUCAAAAUGCGAGAUUACCUCGAGGGAACGAUAAGCCAAGACACCUAUCCCCCUGAACCAUCGAGGGAGGCACCAGCACUCCCGUAUUCGACAGUUUCAGAAGUUUAUCUACACGCACUGCUCGCGGGAGACGAAAAUUACACCCCGGAGGACGAUAUUGCAUCCGCGCCUUCGUCAUAUCGGCGUAUUCGCAGAUCCAAGUCCAUGUUACCAGGUCGAAAUUCAACACGAGAUAGCAGAGGCAUUUGGGGUCCAGCGUCCUCUAGGCUUCAUGCCGCCGAAGACAACAAGGAAAAUGUCCGCCCUGGACAGCCGCCAGCUCUGCGAACACCAAAAUCGAUGAGCUUUCUCAAUCCUCACCGGAGAGGUGAAGCCUCUCUGAUCAGUCGCAAGGUCAACCGGGAUACUUCCCACUCUCUGGAGGAUGGCCAACAGGAUCACGCCCAAUUUCAAUCACUAGACUCCAAGUCGUUAAUAUCCCGCGGCCCCAAUCCUGGACGAGCCGAGUUUGGUAUGAGAAGAUCCCUACGUAGCAGCAGCUCAAACAGUGGCAUGCCGCCGCCGACAAGGAUGCCAAGCAUCAAGGUGUCCAGCGAGGACGGACUAAAGACAAGGGCGAGAAAUGCAUCCAGGACCCUGAAGACGAGACUGAGGAAGUUCUUCACUUUGUCCAAGACUGAGGAGGAAACUGGCUUUCCCGAGCAACAUAUCCAAUCUCGUAAAACGCAUGCCUCUGAGCCGACUAGAUCACGCAAUUCAUCCGCCUCCCAGGAAGGUACAUGGCCUCGACAUGUGGGCGGUUCCAUCCACAACGUGGCAUCCGCAGUCCCUUCUUUUCAUCAUCUGCAUCCGAGUGCUCACUUUAACUCCAGGAAUGGAAGUAUGGAGGAUCUCACUAGCGAGCGGCAGCGCAUACCGUCUGAUGACAAGUCAAGAGUGACCAGCUGGACAGGUUCUAGCGCAAGCACUCUCACGAGCCAACAACGACGAGAGUCGUGUGAGGGGGAGGAACACCAGCUGUCGAUCAUCAAAGAGAGCGAUUCUCAGCCUCUGCCGCCGUCGAACCGACGACCGGGGUUCGGAAACCAUCAGCUGCAAUCUCAGGAAAGCUUCACUGGGCAGCCUAUUCCCCCGGGACCUACGGUCGACAGCCAGCGUAUCUACUCGGCUCUGAUAAAGAGACUGCAUGAUACUAAGCAGCUUCCGCUCGCUAAUCCAAACCAUGCUGAGAUACCCGACGGGUCAACUGAAGCACCGAAGCGCGGUUCUUACAUGGCAUAUCCGGAAGCUUCAGGAGAUGGGAAAUACCCGAUCCCUCCAGCCAAACUCGCUCCUUGCCCUGAUGGCCCACAACCCUCUGGGAGAACCAUAUCUGACAGGAGGUCUGCCUUCUUUGGCAGUCCCGAUUCCCACCUUUUUCGCACUGCUAGUCCGUACCGUCGAGCUUUGCAGAAGUCAAUGGAGCAGAUGGUGGAGGCCACAAGCCACGGACCUCAUGUGGUGGGAUCUGAUUCAUCAGACACCAGCACGCAGAUCCACCGGACAGUCCCGAAGGCCCCAGAUGAGGCCGCUUAUUCAGAAAGUAUGUACUCCUGCGUGACAGGUGAGGAUGGGGCGAACACGAGCCAAGUCUGGAUGACCCUGCCUAGCGAGCUUCGCGAACCGCCCAGCAUAAUGGGAGAUGCCAGCAUAUCGCCAGAUCCACCAGUAACGUAUCGGCCAACUGAGUACCGAGUCGUAUCUUCGGUGAGCUCGGUGGACUGGAAAACUUGGCUUUCCGCGAAUGUGGCAAAACUCGAACCAUCCUCAUCCCCGUCAAGGCUUUCGGAGGUCGAGUUCGCGUCACCAACCAUGCAGACUUCUUUCGGGCGCGGCCAUGUCCGCGAGAGCGCCCAGAUCGAAGGCGACGAGGACGUUGAGGAUGAAGAACUGUCGGUUCCUGCUACUCGACGGUUCACACUUCCGAUAUCUCCUCUCGCCGUCGUUGAGCCCAACGUAGUGAAGGUGUCCACGUACCAACGGUCGGUCAAGACAAUCCCUCUUCCGGAAGCAGGGAGCACGGCGGAGAAGGAUGAUCCGAAUUACACCUGGGAGCAAUACAAGGCACCGAAUCCAGGAGCACCUCAAACUACUCCCGUCUCUGUCAAUCACACGCCAAAGGGUUCGCCCGCACCCCUCCCCGGACACACCAAACUGCGGCGACGCCGCGGGCAGACGACGUUUUGCGGGCCCGCCGCCUCUUCCUGGCGCUCUCCCCUCGCGCCGUCGAUCGCGUCCAGCCCGGGGCUCACCGCCGCGGUCGAGAGGCAGUUUGGCAGCCUCGCGCAGCUGGGCGAGAGACGACGCGGGAGCGGCGAAAACAAGGAGAAUGAGGCGGUGUGUGGGGAUAUGGGUGGUGGUGGAGCUGGGUUGUUUGGGUCUGGGGAGGAUGUGCGGGCCAUGGGGAGUAAGAGGAUGGUGGAUCUUUUUUUGAGCAGUCGGAGGCGGAGGGUGGUGGGUAGUGAUGAGAGUGAUGCGUUUGUUUAA